AUGCGGCUGCUUCGCCGCAGAAUUGUUUCCCUUUUCGCUGCGGUCCUCAUCUGUCUGGUGAUGUACGGAGGGACGAUUAAUGUCGUCCGUUGCGUGUGGAGUUUCUUCCUGGCGCUGGCAGCCUCGACGGAUCAGUCGUGCUCGGGCGUCGAAGACGAGCAUCCUAAACUCAUCGAGGAUCUUAAAGUGUUGUUGGAGUCUUUGUUCCAACACACGUCCUCGUCCAUCGCUUUGCAUGUGAUAUGCGAUGAUGAUGGGUGGAAAAGUGCGAAUGAAGUCAUUGCCAACUGCCAACUCUGUCAGGACAAGAAAUUGAUAAGAAUGGUCGAGAAACACAAGAUCAAAGAUUUGGUGUCAUCCUACCCAGAACUAGUUUCUGUGCUUCGUAAAAAAUUCACCAAGGAAGGCUCCUAUUAUGGUGAUGACCUGUUUGUCAUCACGCCCUUCCUUCAUCUCCUUCCCAUCGACAAGAUCAUCAUCCUCGAUGUCGACCUGAAGUUUCGGGCAGACGUGCGAGAUCUCUGGUCUGAAUUUGAAAAGUUCCUGCCCUCAUCUGUGAUCGGGGUGGCACCCGAGUUGAGCCCUGUAUAUUAUCACUACACCCAUCAGUAUCGCAAGGAGAACCCAUUGACAAAGGUGGGGUCGACUGAGCCAAAGCACAUGCAGGGCAUCAACUCAGGAGUCAUGCUCCUGGACCUGGAGAAGAUCCGCUCCCAACCGGAACUCCUACUGCUGCAGCUGGACCCGUUGGAGGUUGAGCGCCUGCAUAGGAAGUACGACAUCUGGGGGGGACUUGGAGACCAGGACCUUGUCACUCUCUUGAGCUUUGAGCAUCCAGAUCUAUUCCAUUUCCUUUCAUGCGGCUGGAAUCGUGCCCUCUGUCUCUGGUGGAAACGUGUCUAUCCCGAACUCUUUGAGGAGUGGAAUAAGAAUAAGAAGCCAAGCAUGGAAGGCAGGAGAGAGCUGCAGAUGGUUGCAGCUGCAUGCCUGAAGAUGGCAGAUGAGGGCCAGGUGCCAGAGGAGGCCCUGCACCAUCUCGUCGAGGUUGUGGACUCACUCCUUUCCUCUGAUGUCUCUCAGAUUCAGGAGAUGCUGGUCCUUCCAUUUAGCAUUGUUAUUGCUAAGCCUCAAAUGAAAGAGAAGACCAGAGUGUUGGCGUUGGAAGGAUUGAAAAAGAUCUUUCAGAAAUCAGUGCCCUACAAGUGCAAGUGGUCAGCAAUUUCUGACAUUUUUUCACUCCUCUUCAGGCGUCUCAGUGAUAGAGAACAACUGCAACUAGUGAGUGAGGUUAGUGAGGAGGUGAAGAUAGCAACUGUGGAAUGCUGUGAGGCCAUGCUCUUCCAUGCACCUGUGAUGUCAAUAGCCGAUCUGUAUGAGCCCAGCUUCUCCCAUCGUCUCGCUCAUGGCAUCUUUGUCCUUCUCCAACUCAUUCAGAAGGAACAGUAUUCUAACCUUCGCCUGGAAAGCUUGAAGUGUCUGAGGACAGUCAUGGGAUUGGAUCGUGUGGAGGAAUUCACAAAGAUCAAAAUUGCAAAGUCUCUGGCCGAGUUCUUGCCGGGAGUCUCGAUUGCCAUGGAGAAAGUCAUCAAUGCUGAUCACAAACAACACCAUGCUGUUGCUGAGCUGGCUUUAGUGACAUGGGGAGAGAUGGUGAGCUUGGUGAUGCAGGAUUCCAUUGUGAAGAAGCUUGACAAGGGUCAGUCCUGGGUUCUUGACACUGGGACAAAGCUGAGAAUCCUCAUCGAGCGGAUGAAAGGCUUGGAAGUCCACCCACAUCGUCUCGUUCGUCUCGCCCUGGUUUCUUUUUCUGCCAGGCUCCUCGUUCAAUGUCGGGAGUCACUGCAGAAUUGCACAUCGACUCUGGUGGACAUCUUGGUGACCCUCUCGUCAGACAGUUGGAUGGAAGUGCAGGAAGAGGCCAGGAAGCAGCUCCAUGAUGCAUCCACCAUUGUUGGAGAGGUCAAGGACUUCCAGGAGAUUUUGGAAGAUCGUCUCUUUGACAUUUCGUCCCAUCUCCACUGGUCCCUGUUAUCUGGAAAUGACGAGAUGAAGCUGAGGGAGAUUCGUUUGCUGGGAGGAUAUUUGGAGCUCUUGGGUCUAUCUGUCAACAAGGUUCUUAACUCCAGUGCUCAUCUCCACCAGAUGACGCAAUCUCUCGUGAACCUGGCUGAACUGGUGCCACAAGGCCUUGCCAUAGUGGAAACUGCUCAGCAUGACCAGAAAUGGUCAGAUACAGGUGGAUCGGGUACACCUUUUUCAUCGUGGAGACAGUUUAAACAUUUUCACAAUCAAAUAGUGUGGGAGGAACUUCAGCGAGUUUGUCACCUUUUGGGUGCAUAUGGUGACCUCUUCAUCCUCUUGGAUUGCUUUCUUGCCAUCAUGAGGGAGGAGAAACAUGCACGACGGAAGGAGGCCAUUCUCAUUCUCAAUCAAAUAAUUGCAGGGCAAAGAAAGGAAUUCUUGCAAAAUUGUAAGGCAGAGGGAAUGAGAAAAGAGGAUUUGAGAGGAUUGAUCAAGAACCUCUCAGUGGAAUAUGUAGAUCGUAGUGUUCUUGGUCCCUUGACCGAAUCCUCACCGCUUGCUUCCCAGGCCAGUCAUUCGCUGCAGACGGUGCUUCUGCUUGAGGGAUUGGGGUACCAUUCAGAAGUGCUGGAGGAAGACUAUCAGCCCGUGUUGGUGCGUGUCCUCUGCCCCAUCUUGGAGAAGGCAGCCAGUCCAGUUUCAAUGGUGUCUGAGGCUGGAUUGGCCUGUCUACAGAGAAUCGCUCAUUCAACAGGAUGCUCGGGCAUCCCCGACCUCAUCGGCAGAAAUGUAGAUUAUUUUGCCCAUCAAGCAUGCAUUCGGAUGAGGAAGGUAGAUCGUUACCCCGAAGCACCUGCCAUUGUCAGGGUUGUGCUCCAAUAUGCCCAGUUCAAAGUCCUUCCUCUUGUCGUGGAGAUCGUCAAUGAGGCAAUGCAAAGCCUCGACCUUCACCAAGAGAAGGCAACACUGUACAUCCAAGUCUUCCGCUCGUAUGUGACCUGGCUUGCCAACUGUGAACAGGCUGUGAACAGAGAGUUACUCCCAAGCAGCCCAACUCCUUGUGCUCCAUCUGCAAGGAAGUCGCUUGCUGAAAUCCUUUCUGAGAGGAUCACUGCUCACAGGAUAGCCAAGCUGGAGGCUCAGGAAGAGGAGAGAACUUUUGAGGAAGUGCAAGAUGCUUCAGAUGUGCCAGAAGAGGAACAGUUGUUUGAGAAUGCCGAGGACAUCGAGAAGAAGACUCCGGAGCAUCUGCAACUGGUCUCAAAUGCUAUGGAAAAAUGCUCUCAUCUCCUCACUCUUGGUGGGAGGGACGAGCGGCUGACCCUGACCGCAUGCGAGACCGUUCGUGGCGGAUUGCACGUCCUUGCGUCUCAUGAAGACGAUCUCCUCCCUGCCGUGCACAAAGAAGGAGCAAUCAAGCUGUAUACCUACUUGGGAAAACUUGCACCCAAUGCCAUCUGGCUCAUACUGUCUGACAUUUGGUGUCAUCAGUCACAGCUUCUUCAUCAUCAAUCUCCAUCCACUUUCCCUCCAAUACUGUUAUGUGGGAGCACAGAGGAGGGGAGUGACUUUGCUCAAAACAUAUCUGCCAUCCUGCAAACCCUCCAUGGGCAAAGUUGA